CGCGGCUCGGAGAAGGGGAGACAGAUGCUGGGGGAGCUGCCACUGCCACUGCCACUGCCACUGCCACCGCUCUCAUCUUGCGCUGGCUCUCUCCACCCAUCGACCGCACCCUCGGCAGAUGGAACAGAAGCAUCUCAUGCUCCGGAGGAAUAUAGGUACAACCCCAUACACAACGGAGGUACAAACCCCUCGGCAUCCAUCCAUGAUCCAUCCUCAGAUCCUCGCCCGGAGAGCCCCCCCAGCGACGGAUGUGAGGGAGGGAUGGCGUGAUGAUCCAUGAUCCAUCGCCGGUAUAACUUGCGGUGAAGCCCGGCCCAGCUCCCUCUGAAUAGCCUCAGUACUAGAGCAGAGU